GCCAUGUUUGGCUACUCGAUAGCAUCUGUUGAUCUUAACAGUGACAACUAUACUGACUUGGUUGUUGGCAGUCCUUUUCAUGGUACUCAAGGUGUCAAUAUAGGACAAGUCUUUGUUUAUCUAUCUAAUGGAGCUAAUAACAACUUUACAACUCCUAUUUCUAUUACUGGUCAAGUGAAUGGUGGGAUGUUUGGUUUGACUGUGACUUCUCUCAGAGACAUAGAUUUGGAUGGGUUUGAAGAUUUUGCUGUUGCUGCUCCAUUUUAUGAGAUUGGUGUUGUGUACAUCUACCGUGGUUCUCCAUGGGGUCUGAGAAGCACCAAAGCAAGUCAGGUUAUUCACCCAGAGAAAAGCAGCUUCAAGUCAUUUGGUUAUGCAGUUGCUGGUGGUGAUGAUGUAGACAACAACCAUUAUCCAGAUGUUCUUGUUGGGGCUUACCAGUCUGAACAUGUCAUUUUGUUGAGAACUCGACCUGUUGUAGUUGUGGAUGCUCCUUUGGUUACAAGCGUAGAAGCAGUGUCUUUGCAGACACCCAACUGUAACUACACGUACUACAAUGGUUUGGCAAUUGAGACAACCUGUUUUUCAUUGGGAGUGUGUCUGGUGUUCAAUGUUAAGCCUGGAGCAAAAGAAAUUUCAUCUCUAGUUGUAAACUACACAUUGGUGCUUGACAGCGAGUUGAAGACUGAAGAUCGAUUAAUUACCAAAGAUGCUGGUGAUUGGAUGGAUAAGUCGCAAUUAAGUGGCUCAGUUGCUUUAUUGAUAAGAAAUGUCAUGUGUGUCAACUACACCGUUGCUGUCCAGAGAGAGCCUCGGAACAGGCUGAGGAAGUUUGUCAAUGAAGUGAGAGUGGUUGGCGUAGCAUUGCCUUCUCCUUUAUCAGGAGGAAUUUUGCCAGAGUUGGAGCCUGUUCAAGAUGUUGAUGUUAAGGUUCCUGUGUUUAUUAAUGUAUCAAUCCAACCAGAGUGUAUGUUUGUUCCAUGUCGGCCCAAUUUGAAUGUGGAAGCUGUACAGAGCAAAUCAACAAAGACCAUUACUGCUGGUUCAGGAGACGAAGUAAUAAUUUAUGUUCAAGUGACCAAUCAGCAUGAUAGUUCAUAUAAUACACGACUGUCUGUGGCUGUCAGCCCUCCAGAAUUGGCAUUUAGAAAUAGAACAUUCCCUCUCAGUGCUGCAGAUAACACAAAUCCCAAUUUCCGAUGUGACGUUGUUGUUGGUGGAGCAGUGUGCGAUAUUGCAAAUCCACUAAGAGACGACAAGAUGGUGGAUUUAAAAGUGACUAUGACAGAAUUUGGCUUAAUAGGAAAUGAAUCAAAUGUGAGAGUGAUGGUCAAUGCUAGCAGUGUCCAUCAAGAAAAUGCAACAGUUAUGUCUGACAACAGUGAUCAGUUCAGCAUUGUAGUUAUUGCCAAUGCAAGUCUGACGUUUGCUGGAGCACCGUUGUUCUUAAAUGAUAAAUGGGAUAGCUUCAAUCAGGCACAAGUUCUUGAGCUGCUUUCAGAGACUGAUGAUCAAAGAGAUUUUUUGCGAAAUUUCACUCAUGAAUUUCGGUGGGAAAACAAUGGUCCAAGUCUUGUGCCUGGUUGGAGUGUUGAAAUUUGGUGGCCUGUGUAUGGUGUUGGGAGAAAGAAGAUAUUGAGUACACCUCCUAAUAUUACCGUCUCUUAUCGAAUUCGAGUCAAGGAAGCCGAAGUAGAACACUCUUUGGUUCAGUGCACUUAUCCUAUGACUCAGAAUCCCAGUGAGUGGCCCAAGAGUGAUAUUGAGCAGUGCUCAAACAUAGAUUGUUUACAUAUUACAUGCACCGUUGAACAGCGAUUGCCAAAAGGUGGAUCACUAUCAUUCCGCGUGACCUCUAUUGUUAAUCUAAAGGAUUUAUUUGAGUAUGCCCUUGAACAGCAAGGUGCUGUGUCCAACCCAGAACUACAUAUUAGGUCUUUUGGUCGUGCCUCAGUUUUAUCAAGCUAUGACAUUAAUUCACAACCUGCAUCUGGAGAAGUGACAACAACUGUUCUGUACAAUAUUGCAGUGCAGGGUUGUGUGUCUAUCUGGAUUAUUAUUGUCAGUGUGUUCGGUGCUCUAGUUCUUCUUGCUGUGGCUGUUGUCAUUCUCUACAUGGUUGGUUUCUUCAAACAGCGACAGGGCCUCAAGAUGAAACUAAAACCAUCACAGUAUGGUAAACCAAUGAAUGAUGCCAAUGAAACUGUAGAAGACCACAUAGCAGCAUCUACUUGUUCCAGUAACAAGAUCCAGACUAAGUCAAAUGUGGGCAGUGAUGGUUAUGAAAGUGUAGAAUAUCAGAGCAAAACAUCAAGUGUUCGGGAAGACGAUGUGUUCAAAAUGGAUACAAGGGAGCUGAAAGAAGAGCCUGGACAUGCAAAAUGGAGGGCCAGUGAUAGUGACACUGACCCUACAUCGAAUAUGCAAGAUGAGAAGAGACAGUCCCACUCUUCUUACUCACAGACAACAGUUUAACUGGAUAUAGUAGUUGGGCUGAUCUGUUUGGCAGUUUCCGAAAAUUCGUAAUUGAUAUUAAUAAGCACGUAGGUUUUUCGUUGUGACAGUAAUGAAUGACAUGCUGAAAACGCUAUAAUAGUUUAGUGGUACGUGUAGUAAUAGUGGUAGUAUUGUAAGAUGUUAUAUCUAUGCAGUUCAUUACACCAGAAAUGUGAAACAAACUG